GAGAGUCGGGUCGGUCUAGUCUCCUGGGCAGAUCCAGUGUAUUUGGGAAAGUUUCAAGCUUUCAUCCGAGAACUCUCCCACGGUGAGGACUUUGAAAAGGCCAUAAAGAACAAAGUUAAAGCUUGGAGCUUUCGACAAGAUUUGGGUCUUUGAAUUUUUUUGUUUUCCUACAAAUUAACGAAAGAGAGUAAAUUCAUCCAUACCCAUUAGAGAUCAGGUAAUGAUAUGAGAAUGGAAGAGAUUGUAGAGGAAACCAAUGGAAAACAUGAUCAGAUGGCGGAAAUUACUCUCAAAACCAUUGGCCCUGCUCGCCCUACUAGCCUUCAUGUCCCUUCUUCUAUCAGAGUUCUUGAUUUGAGAAAAUUGAUUGCUGGAAAGAAUCAUUUCCCGGUAGAAAAUUUGAAGCUUAUCUUGCGAGGGAAGGUAUUGCAUGACCAUGAAGAUGGGGAUGACAUUUAUAUUCAACUCAAUGAUGGUGAUUCCCUCAUUGUUGCUGUGAAACCAAAGCCGCCAGUUGGACACGAUAUUGAUGACGAUGAUGAAGAUCUGAAAUUUCAGCUUCCGCAGUCAACAAGCCGAUGGCAGAAGAAGCUUUACUCUUUUUUACAUAAUAGAUUGAAGCUUCCUGAUAUCCUUUUAAUAGCAGUAUUUUCUCUCAGUCUUAAGGCAUGGGCUCUUAUUAUUUUAUGGUUUAUAUUGGCACCUGUUGCUCAUAAAUGGGAUCUUGGACCAUUAUAUAUACUUGGUACUGGCUUUUGUAUAAUUUUCCUGAAUCUUGGACGGCGGCAACCUGGUGAUGUCAGUGCAUAUUCCAUCUUCAAUGAAGAUUUUAGAGAGCUUCCCGGGACCCUCAACGCAGAUGCUCUAGAUAGAGAUAUAAGGACAGCAAUACCAUGGAAUUAAAGCAUGUUUAAUAAUGAAUUAUUGGACUAGUGCAAUGGCUGUGAGACGCUAUGGAAUCAAAAUCUGGCUCAGAUGUGAAAUUAUACUCCAUGUAGUUGCCAAAGAGUUUUUGAGGUCCGCUGCAGGACAUUUUGAAUCCAGAAUUCUGAUGCCAUCCAGAUGAAUCUUUCGUGUCACUUGUGAUUUUUUAUUAUGAUUAUAUGUCAACUUGUUUAAGAUCAGUAUAAACUUUGUGCUGAUCAGUGUCUCCAGAGGGUGCUCGAGGAUGUGAUGCACCCUUCAGGAAGGACAUGGUACUUUCAAGACUUUUAGGCCCAACUCAAAUUUCAGUCACCCGAGGUUGUCCUCUUUUGAAAUAUCUACUCGUAAAUUAUAAUAGCA